AAACAUUUCAGUCCCUCUGCGGCUUCCUUCCACAGCGUGGAUUUCAAUGACAUUCUGAGCUUUCAUAAGACAACUCUAUUCUCCAAACCUUAAAGAUGUCAUUAGCCCUUUUAUUCAGAACGGUUACAAGAGAGUUUGCAAAGGUCAACAUUUCCCAGCAUGCACAGUCAAUACACAUAGGAUGUGAACUCCUGGCAGCAGAGAAAGCCCUCCUGAUCAAACUGCGGAAAAGCACCGGCUACACUUUCAUCAACUGCAAGAAAGCCCUGGAGAAGUUUGACAAUGACAUAGCACAGGCAGAGACCUGGCUAAAUGAACAGGCCCAGAAGGAGGGCUGGAGCAAAGCAAACAAGCUGGAGGGUCGCAAAGCCAAGGAAGGUCUGAUCGGCCUGUUUGUAGGAGAUAAAGUGGCAGUGAUGGUGGAGGUAAACUGUGAGACGGACUUUGUUGCUCGCAAUGAGAACUUCCAGCAGCUGGUUAAGGAUGUGACAUUUGCUACUUUGGCCCACCAUCGGAGUAAAACUCAAAGCCAGACAGGAUAUGUGAAGAGCGUCCUGGCAGGUGAUGAUUUAAACAAACUCAGUGUUGGUGAAGGAACAUCUCUAGCUGACCAGGUGGCUCUCACAAUAGGUCGCCUUGGUGAGAACAUGUCAGUGAAGCGGGCAGUGACAGUGGGGGUCCCUGCUGAUUGGCACAUCGGCUCAUACAUACAUGGCGGCGUGAGCGGCCAAACUGAGGUUGCCAUGGGCCGGUAUGGCGCCCUGGUCGUAUUUCAAGGUGGAAAGGAGGGAGAGCAGGAUACAUUAGGCCGUAAACUGGGACAGCACAUAGUGGGAGAGGCCCCUCUGUUUCUGGGCAAUAUGGACGACCUAUCCUGUGGUGAAAGUGAGACGCGCCUGCUGCCUCAGACGUUCCUUGCAGACCCCAGCAGGACUGUGGCACAGUUCCUCAGGGGUCAACAGGCUAGAGUGCUUGACUUUGUCCGAUUUCAGUGUGGCGAGUCAGUGAGUGAAGAGGCACACUAAAGGGACGGGAAAUCAUUCAUCCAGUACAAUUUAAGUCCUUAUUCGUUGAAAUGAAAAGAGUCAUUUAUUAUCUAAAGUUAAGACAGCAUCUUCAUGAAUUUGAAAAAACGGCAUUGGUGCCUGAUGAAAUUACAGAUUCACCAAUAAAAAAUAUUGUCAAAUGCUU